UUACCUUCGCGAGCAAUGGACGGAGGUUUAAAUACACAUUUCUCACUUUAUUUACUUUUAAUAUGGAAUUUAAUAACGAACAAAUUCUAGUGCAUGGCAAAAGGAUAAAUUGAUUGAUAAUUUGUGUAGCUUAUUUGUUUACGUGUGACAAACUAUGAUCAUUAAUUUUAUUUGGAAUAUAAUCUAAUUUGUUGCGUCUGAUUUUGUUUUGUAUUUUUACGAAAGAAUGUGAAUGCAUGACCAGGCAAGCUGCUGAAAAUGGCAUCAUGCGCAAGUUUCAUGGAGUCUCCACUCGUCCUUUGGGUGGAGACUUUUGCAAAUGGAAGAUCAAUAGAAUUUCAAGAUCUCCAUGAUGGAAUUUUUCUGAAUAAAGUGCUUCAACAAAUUGACAGUCGACCGGUCUAUGACAAUGUCAAUGAUACUGUAGAUGAUAUGAACAGUAGAUUACAGAAUUGGGAUAUACUGAUCCGAAAUAUCAAAUCAUUUUAUGUGGAUGCUUUGCAACAGAUACUGAUAGUAAAGUUACCCAACUUUCAACAGAUAUGUAAAGAACCAGAAAAAGAAGCCAGUUUUUCAGAAAUUAAGAAAGUGUUGUUGUUAAUUUUGGGUUGUGCAAUACAGUGUGAUAAGAAAGAAAACUUCAUUGAUACUAUCAAAAGUCUGGAUGUACACGUGCAACAUGAAAUUGUGGAGCUUAUUAAAGAGGUUACAGAUGACACAGAAUUCAUCAUGCACAUAGAACCAACAGAACAGUUAGAAACGUAUACAGAAAAAAUGUUUAACCACGUAACAAGACUUUUGAAAGAGAGAGACGAUUAUUUUGAGAUCCUUACAGAAUUGGCACAGGAGAGAGACUUCUAUCAGGCUCAGAUCAGAGGGAAUACUGCUCUACCCCUGACCACUCCCACUAGUCCAGAGAAACAUCACAUGGUAGUAGAACUGGCUGAUUGUAAAGCAAAAAUAAGGAAACUUAGACAGGAAUUGGAAGAUAAGCAAGAAUUGAUUUCAGACCUACAAGUAGACCAGGAUGAUAAUAAAGGGAUUGUUUCCAAACUUAAAAAUGAGAAUGCCACAUUGAUACAAGAUGCAAGAGCUGCUAGACUGUUGCGAGAUGAACUUGAUAUUUUGAGAGAAAAGGUAGCACAGUCUAAUUCAUACCAGACUGAGUUGACAAAGUGUAAAGAGAAGUUGAAUGAGUUGGAAUUCUACAAGUCCAGGGUCAAUGAACUUCGAGAGGAUAAUGCCAUACUGACAGAAACUAAGAACAUAUUAGAGGAGCAACUGUCAACCAGUCAUAAGCGUGUAGAAACAGUGAUUGAGCUAGAAAAUGAACUGAUGAGAUAUCGACAACAAGUAGAAGAAAUGACAUUGGAAAGAGAUGCUGACAGAGAAAAGAUCAGGAUUCUGACGGAAGACAAUGCACAGUUACAGUUUGAAAAGAAAUCCAACAUGAACGAAAGUACAAAUUUGGAACACGAACUGGAAUCGGCAAGACUUAAAAUUUCUGGCAUUGGUGGCACUUUAUCUGAUCAAAUGGCAGAAACAACUAAUGCUAAAGUGCUAAGACUAGAUCUGGAGAACCAGAGAUUAAAGAAAAAAAUUGAAGAACUUCGUGACAGUUCUUUAAUAGAAAACACUUCUCUAAAUUUGGAAUUAGAAAAAGAAAACCAAAGACUAGCAAAGAAAAUAGAAAAACUUCAGGGUUCUUCAAACGAUUCUUCUCAACAGUGUAUUGACUUAGAACAAAAUCUGCAUGUAGCAGCAAGAGAAAGAGACAAUCUUGUUCAAACUCUCGAAACACUUAAAGAUAAUUAUGAGAGACAAGUCAGAGAAUUAGAGGCUGAAAAUGACAACCUCCAGCAGACGGUUCAUGUCAUAAGACAAAGAAAUGAGCAGACGAAUGAUACACGUCUGAAAGAAUUAGAAAAAGAGAAUAAACAGUUACAUGAAACUGUGACAGCAAAAAAUCAAGUGACAUCAAAGUUAGAACAUGAAAAUAGACAAAUACAAAAAUCAUUUUCAAAAUUAAAAUUAAACUCUGAUCACAUAAAUGAAUUGGAAACAGAAAAUUCACAAUUUGAAAAAGAGAAUUCAGAAUUACGUAAGAAUAUAGCAACUCUGCAGUUGAUAUGUGACAAAAGUGAGGUGUUAGAACAAGAAAACUCUGAUUUGGAAGUAGAAAACAGAAAGUUACAAAAAUCUGUUCAGACACUGAAGUCGGCAUUACAGAAAAAGGAAAGUUUAGAACAAGAAAAUAUUAACCUGACAGUGGAAAAUAAAAAGUUGGAAAGGUCAUUACACUCUAUGAAAAGUGCUUCUUCAAGGAUAGCUGAAUUAGAAAGUGAAAAAGAUUCACAGAAUAGGGAAAUACAACAGCUUCGGAAAAGUCUGGAAAAUCAGAGAAAUCAAAGGACUAAACAAGAACAAAUGGAAUUAGAUCUGUUAGAUCUGGACAAUGAAAAUCAGAGAAUUCAGAAAUCUCUAGAGGUAACCACAAAACGUCUGAAUCAGUUAGAGAAAGACAAUACUGAUCUGGAGGUCGAAAAUGAAAAGUUACAAAAAGCUAUGGAAGAAAUGAAAAUGUCAAGUAAGCGAUUACAUAAUGUGGAAAAAGAAAGUUCAGAACUUGAAAAUGAAGUAAGUAAAUUACAGACUUCUAAAGCAGUGCUAGAAAAAGAAAACAAAAGACUGAAGCAGUCAGUACAGUUAAAAGACACUACUGUAGAUGAACUGACUACAAAGUGUAAUAUUAUGGAAAGAGAACAUCGGAGUGUCAAACGGACGUUAGAAACACAGAAAGAGACAUCUUCAAAGUUGCAUGAAUUUGAAAGAGAAAAUAGAGAGAUAUUACAACAGUCAAAUAUUAACAAGAAAACCAUAGCAACACUCAGAGAGGAAUUGGUUAAUGAAAAGAUUAAAAGUCAGCAGUUGAGCAAUGAACUAGAAAAGUUGAAUGGGGAGUUAGAAAGAGUUGGUAUCAACAAGGAAAAGUUAGUGAUGGCUGAACACUCACAAGAUGACAAUCGGUACAAAGCCUUAGAGAACAUGAUGGAAGAAGCAUUAGUGAAAAACAUGGAAAUCAAAGAGGACAAGAUUUUGUCUUUACAGAGCAGGCUGGAUGAAUCAAAGAACAGGAAUGUCAGACUACAGGAAGAACUGAGAAUUCUGAAGAGAGAGUGUGAAUCCUUGAAACAAAGAUAUGAGGAGGAAUCGGUGGGGAGUGAGAGGCACGGCACCAAAGUAACAUACCAUGGACCAUUAGGUGCACUGAGGAAUACACAUAUAUCACAAAAUAAUCCAACCAAGGACAUAUUAGACCUUAAAGAUCAUUUAGUAAAUUUAGAAAGAACGAAUGCCACACUAAUGACAGAAAAUAAAAACAUGAAGUCACAUACAGAUUCAUUGAAUCAACAGAUUCAGAAACUUGACAGACAUAAUUGUCAGUUACAGUCACAAACAGUCUCACUCCAGGAACAAAAUUCGUCAUUUCAGUCCCAAAUUGCCAAAUUACAAGUAGAAUAUUCUACUUUACAAGCUCAGUGUUCCUCGCUUCAGGGUCAGUGUCAGCUUCUUCAGAACCAAUUAAAUCGUGUGGAGUCAGAACACCAACAUUUGAUACAAACACACGAAGAGCUGCAGACGACACACGAACAGCUUGUCGGUGAUCAUGAAGACCUGCAGAGAUUACAUGAACAAUUGUCUAGUGAACAUGAAGCCUUGAUAUCACAACAUGGUUCACUGAAAUCUUUACACAAAUCGUUGAAAAAUGAAAAUCGUGAAUUGACAAUACGAUUGCAGGAAAGAAAUGGCAAUUCAUACGGAAUGUCUGUACAGGAGAAGGAAAAAAUUAAUGCUGAUUUACAGUCAUUUGAAAGUUUAAAAAUGGAAUAUAAUCAUAUGAGAGAAAAACAUGACAUUGUGUAUAAUCAACAUGAAAAAAUAAGAAAAGACUAUUUAGAUUUAUCUAAGGAACAUAAACAAUUAAAAACAGACUAUAACAGUUUACGUGGGACAUGUGAUGAUUAUAAGAAUCAGUUACAUGAGAUGGAAUUAGAACUCAGUAAUCUGGGUAAUAAGUAUGAUUCGUUGUACCAAGCAAACCAGAAAAUGGAAGAUGAUAAUAAAAACUUGUUGAUGCAGGUUCAGGCAUUGCUUAAUACAAACUCUGAAUUAUUGACACAAAUAUUGAACAGUAAAGACACCAUUGCUGAGGAACAGAAGUCUUACUUGGAAAGACUUAGUGAUCUGAGAAGACAGAAAGAAAGAUUAGAAGAGAAAAUAAUGGAAGCAUACAAGAGACAAGAAACACAGAAAAAGAAUAAAGGUUUGGGAGCCAGAAUUGCAAGGAAAGCUGCAAAGAUAUUUGUGUCAAAGAACCAAAGAAGUAAAAGUAGAAACAACCUGACAGAUCUGAGUGCCGAUAAUACCUCGCAUGGAUCUAAUGAAAUUACUGAAAAUGGUGACUCUGCUAAAAAAUCAGAAAUAUCUGAUGAUACACUCAAUUUGGAGAAUGGACCACAAUUUAAGAAAGACAAAUUAAGAACAGAAUCGUUAAAUGCAACCAGAUAUUUUAAUGUGGAAACAGUGGCAAAGUCUAAUACAACACUGAAACUGGAACCCAGAGGACCAUAUAUGUGUGCACCCUGUAUUGACACAGCUAGUUCUCGUAACAAUACACCAAGGCUUGAUAAAACCUCAGGAGGUCCAUUAGAGUCCCAUGGUUCUAGGAAUACAACACUAAGGGUUGAUUUGACCUUAGGAGGUCCAUUAGGGUCCAAAGGUUCUAAAAAUACUACACCAAGGGUGGAUAUUGGAAGACCUGGUAGAAUGACACCUGUACUUGUACCCAGAGGUCCAUACACAUCGACACCUAAGCUUGUUACUAAAUCGGCAAACACAUCGACUCUGAAAGAAGAAAUAAAGACACUAGAGAGGGAACAUUCAGAUAAUGUAUCAGUUAACCAAGGAUUCUCAGGAUCAGAAGAAAGUGGUUCAACUAAUUCUGUAUCUAAACCUGCAAUAGAGGAAUUGAGAAUUCAUGGUAGUGGCCAUACAUGGAAAGAAGAUUCAACUGAGUCAGACAGUACAAGCUCAAAAUCUACAGAAGACCUUCUUGCAGCUGGCUCUCCUAGUUUGUUGCCAGGAUUGGGUCGUCCAGCCAAUCUUGGGGAUGAUGAAGAUGAUGAUGGAGGUUUUGGGAACAGGAAUGAUAACAAUGAAAUGUUAACACUAGAGCAGUUCCUCUCAGAGAGCAGCAAAACAUCGAAUCACAGUCGUGGUAACAAAUCUGAAAAUCGAGAGGAUUUGGAAUCCAAAAGUAGUGAAAAUUCAGACAAUAGUGUAAAUCGACGGAGAAGACAAGCUCCAAAUCCGCCAUCAGAUAAUAGGAUUUCUAUACCAGAUGUUGUGUCGCAAUCUCAGAUAGAAUUAAAUCUUUCAAGAAUGUCACGUAUAUCUGCAGGGAGCAGUGGAAGUGGGUAUGAGAGUCGACCUGAUAGUUUGGAUCAGUCUACUCCACCACAGUCUAAACGUGAUCAUCCUGAAACAUCUACUCCUGCUUACAAUAAUAUAAAUAACAUUAGGAAGUUCGAGGAAGCAGGGUAUUCUCCACUUGUAAAACCUGACUUUAGAAAACAUUCACUGGGAUCAACUCCCUCUACUGCAUCAAGGACAUUACAGUAUGUGUAUCCGUCACCAUAUAAAUCUCCACAGAAUCGUGAGUUACCACCUACACCAAAUGACACACCUUCAGAUCGACUGGAUCGUUUAGCAGGAUUUUCACAGUCGCAUAACUCUUCAAAUUCAUCUAGUCUUUAUAGUAAUAAUCAGGACAAUUCAGUUCAGUAUGACCAGUCUAUUAGGUCUGGUCCUACUUCUCGGUAUAGAUCAGGGUCACCUGUCCGUAGCAAUCAGACAUUCUCACCAGUUGUUCAACAAGGGAGACCACCCUCUUCUGCAUCGCAUCACAAUUCAUCCCCACAAACAAAUGGACAAUUACCUCCAAGUGGACCAUUGAUGAGAGGUCAGUCAUUAAAUAGACCACAAACAUUUCACGAAUCACAACAAAACAAUAUUUAUUUCAGUAUUGAUGACAAUAAACAAAAUGAAAAUCGUCCGGAAAAUCAUUAUGCUCGUGUGCAGCGUAUUGAACGUCCAAAAUCUGUGCCUCCUAAUAUGUUUGAAGCCCUUCAGAAUCAGGAAAAUAUGAACAAUAGACCCAAAGACAUGCAUAAUGUUAGUAAAGGGACACCACCCAAACCACCACCAAGACGAAGUAGAGAACCACCCUUAACAACUGGUCGUGUUAGUUUGCUACGAGAACCAGGAGCCAAUCGUUCUGGUGGUCGCCAAUUACCUCAGGCAGAUACCUAUCGUUCAUCAACACCCACAUUACGGAAGGAUACACCUCCUCGCCAAGUACCGGUUAAUGAAGAACCACCAAAAGACCCUAAAGCUAACUCUGUUUGGUAUGAAUAUGGCUGUGUAUAAUUUAUUAUUCAUAUUGUUAGAAUGAAUCAAAUAUUGAUUAUUAAUACCAUAUUUAACUGUUAAAUUAUUCAAAAUUUAGCUAAAUAUUUGCUUAUUAAUGUUAGUUAUUUAUUUGUUAAUUCACAACCUCUUAGUUCUACCUCACAUGUUUAGUGAAUUUAUAAAUGAUACAUUGAGUUAAGCAAAGGAAUAAUUUGCUGUUCAUGUUUUUGUGUAAAAGAAAAAGAAAUUCGAGAAAUCAAAUAAAGCUAAUUAUACUUUUUUAUAAAUAUUGAAGAAACUUGAUUUCUGUAUUACAUUAAAUCUUUACUGUUAUUUGUUCAAUUCUUCACAAUACAUAUGCAUUUCAGCAUCAUAGUUUUAAAAAUAGGUGAACAUUGUUGGCAUGCUUUUAAGGGUAUUGAUUUAUUCAAAAAAAAAUAAUUGGCAUGUUUAGCAUGUUUUAGCUGGUGUACUAGCCUGUGAUAAAAAAUGGGUUUAGGUCGUUAGCAUGUGAUACUUAAUUGGUAUUUAACGCCUACUAUGUUCAUUGUAGUCUACUGCUAGAUUUGGAAUUGCUUCGAAAAUAAAUUUUUGUAUUAUCAUAAGUUGACAUUUUAAUUUCUUGUGAGUUGGUGUAGAUUUAUAUUUUUAGUUGGGUAUAUAAAGCUACGGUUGACAAAAAAUAAUUUGAAGAUACCCUCUGAGAAAGUAUUUGACAAGAACAUUUUUUUGUAUAAAGUAGAAUGAUAUAUUUGUUAAAGAAAUAAGAAAUUUUAUACAGUACAAUUGUUUAAGAAUGCAAAAAGAAUAAUAUGAUAGAUUUAUUUGAAUUAGGGAAGGGACAGGGUAAAAUAUUUGCUGCAUUGUGGUAAAAAAAAAAAGAAUUAUAACUGUUGCAUUUUGGGAAAGAGAAUGAGAUACAGUAGAUGGUAACUGUUGUAUUUUUCUUAUUUGACAGGAGAUGAUGCAUGGUGACAAGGAAUGGUGUUGUGAAGAUUCACUGCUGACCAAAGACUCUGUAGUGUUAACACGCUUCAUUUUCUCUCUGUUUUAAUACUCAUACUAGUCCCUUUCCCUUACAUUACGGUAUUAUCAUACAUGGAAUCUGUAACUUGACAUUGUAUUUUCUAUCUUUAAAAGUUAACUGUAAAAGCUUACUUAGAAAUGCUUUACAGAAAGUAGUAUGUUAGUAUUAAAACAGACGCUGUAUCUUUUUAACACCAUUUUGUUGUCAGUAUGUAUUGCUCAUCCUCAGUGCUUUGUAACAGUGCUUUAUAUCAGAAAAGACAUAGGAGCUUUCCUCAGUAUAUCUAUCACCUCCGUAUAUUUUGUAAUGAAAAUAACCUUAGAAAUUAACCAAUGCUCAAAUUCAUUAACCAUUUUCAUCAGUAACCAUUUAUGCUUUAUGUCUCAAACCUGCAUGAUAUCCUGAAAUCUGUUCUUUAUUUGCCUGUCUCACACUUUAUUUUCCGUCCUUUAUCCACUUUUGUCUCACUCAAGCAUAGUUUAGCAUGAUGCAGUGAUCUCAUCGCACACCUUUCCAUUGGUUCACGAAAGCAAUAUUUACAUAUUGAUAGAUAAUUGAAUGUUGUACAUUUCAUUGCAUGCAUAUAGAGCAGAUUUCAGGAAAUACUUCGCAUUGCGUAUAUUUCAUAUGAAUGAACUUAUAAACAAUGUAAUCCUGAUUUAUAUUUUCAAUAGCAUAAUUUUUAUGGGAAAUAUAUCAAAAUGCCUUCUUAAUAUUUUCAUUAAAAAAGGAGGAAAUCUUAUAGAAAUGUAUUUCAUAUCAAUGAAAAUGCAAUGAAAUUUGAUGAAAACAUCAUUAUUUCAUGUCAACUAAACAGACAACCUGCUUUUUUACUAUAUUUAUUAAAGGAGUCUGUAUUCAUUCUUUUGAAUCAAUGGUCUUAAGAAAAAUAAAAACAAUAUUUUAAUGAUCUAUUUAAAAAAAAUAGAAAAAUUCAGUGCACCUUUUAUUCUUUGUCAUCUGAUGGUGACUUUUAACAAUAAGAAAGGUUGUUCACUGUUGACAUGGGACUUUAUCCUCAGUCUCUCUGCAAAACUGUUUGAUAACCAUUUCACCUUUCAUUGCAAAGUAAUUUUUUUAAACUUUGGUGUUAUCUAUAUUCCCCCCCUCCAUUUCAUAAAAGGUUGUAUGGCAUUAGAUAUAAUUGAUUUAGAAUGAUUAUCUUGUUUUGUUUCAACAGAAAUAUCAAGUUUAAUUUAUAAAAGUAUAUAAUAUAUACAUUGCAGAGAUAUGAUCUACAAUAGAAACAUCUAUCUCAUAGGAAUAUUUUGACCCAUCUGCAUCUUCAAAAAAGAGAAAAAUAAAAAGUUUAAGCAAGCUUUGGACAAAUUUGGGAAAGUAUUUCAAGGAAUUCUGUUUUUAAAAAUAAAUUAAAGAUAAGGCAACUAGGUUGUUCUGUACUUUCACAUUUGACCACAUAUUCUUUAAUUGAUACACCUUUACUGUGGUUGUGGCCAGUUUCGUUACAUAACCAUCAUUUCUUAAUCUGCACAUUUGCCAAACCUAUUAAUUUAUUGCACUAUGAUUAAUUGGAUCAUUAUUUUAAGGUUGCUGUUUACAUGGUUUUAUUUGAUCAGUCAAAUAUUGUUAUAGUAGCUUCUUUUUGCAAAGCAAUAAUUAUGAAUUAACAAAUUUGUCAUGUGACAUCAUCAUUCAAUGUAAACAACACAAAGUCAUGUGAUAUGUAAAUUUCUUCAUUCCAUUUUAUGUACAGCAUUCCAUAUGUUACACAGUAUUUAUUAUAUUUAUAUAUUUCCAUUGUGAGGCUUUCAUUGUUGAUUGAAAGUGCCUUAUUGAUUUUAUUUUUUGAUGAACUUUAGCAUGAUUCCGUCCUGUUGAUGGUCUAGUCCCCUAGGUGCUUGUAGAUGGCAUUUUACACAUAUCAUUGAACUAGAGGAGAUCUUGAUUUAUUUUCAAUACUUUCCACGGCUAAAACCAGUUGUAUAUAAAAAAAAUAUUUUUGUCAAUGCUGUUUAGAUAAUAACAGAACACUUUUUAAAAAUAAUUAUAAUCUGUUGAAAAGAAAAAUUUAUUAGUGAAAUAUAUUGAUUUAUGUAAAUGAUAGAUUUUACCUGAGUUCUGUCUAAAUAGAUUGAUUCUAAAGGCUCAAUAUUUGAAAAGCUCUUCUAAAAAUUUUAAUUUGACGUCUUGUUUGUAGAUAAUUGGUUGAUUAAUGGCUGCUGCUGUUUAUAUUUCCACAAAGUUUAAAUGCACACAAAAGUAAUAGACUUGUUUUUUGCAAAAUAAGAGUCAUAGUAAUAGUGGUAUUUAUUUGAGAACCGGUUUUGAGGUGAAAAAUAUUAAUCCAGCUAAGAUAUAUUUUAAAUGUUAUGUAACAAGUCAUGAAGGUUACUUAGCACAUCAUAAUUCAUAGUGUCAAUCCAUAUUUUCUUUAAUUUAGUGAAAAUGCAUUUUAAGUUUAUUAUCCAAUAUCUAGUUUCCUUCAAAAUUAAAUAAUUGUAUUCUACUCCUUCAAAAGAAGUAGAAUUGUAAUAUCUGUUAGAGAAAAAAAACUUAUACAAGAGAUCUCCAGUUCAAACAUUGUAGUUGUAGUAGUACAUACCUUCCCUUCUAUGCCUUGUUGAUAGAUGGCCAUCAUAAAUGUGUAUUUUUGUAACUGGUAAAUAAAUGUGUGGUUGUGUUGUUGAACAGAAAAUAGUGUGUAGAGCAUUUCUUUACGUAAAGGGUGCUGUUAUUGUUGCAUUUACUUUCUUCUUGUACCUAAAGAUGAGAGUAGCUAUAAUAGAUUAUUUUUUUGUGAUGACUGUGUAGUGUAUUUUGUACAUGUGGUGAUCAUGUGACUUGGGUACUAUUGUACCGGACAAAACCAUGUGAUUUUUAUAAGUGUUCAUGCAUUUGUUAUUAAUGGCUUUAUCACCUCAUUUGUAUAUUAAAACAAAUAAAGAAACAACACUUUA